AGCAAAGGCUCCAUGGAGAGGAGAUAUCGUCUCUACCAGCCACACAUUGCCUGAGAGAGAAUUCCCUUCUUUCUCUCCCUCGUUGAGGAACAGAGGAUGAAUGGAGAAGCGAUGGACAUGUCCCUGGAGUCAUCAUCCCAGGUGGUGGAGAAAAGCACCGUCGGGGGGAUGUCAGCGGCACCUGAGCCGGCAUUCACGACGGCAGCAGCCGGUAACGGCUCCCUGCCUCCCCCGCACACCAUGGCCCCGGCCAUCCCGCCCUACGUCAAGCUUGGCCUUACUGUGGCCUACACCGUCUUCUACUCUCUCCUCUUUGCCUUCAUCUAUGCCCAGCUGUGGCUGGUGCUCCGAUACCGACACAAGCGCUUCAGCUACCAGACGGCCUUCCUCUUCCUGUGUCUACUGUGGGCCGCGCUGCGCGCCCUCCUCUUCUCCUUCUACUUCCGCGACUGCGUCACGGCCAACACGCUGGGGCCCUUCGCCUUCUGGCUGCUCUACUGCUUCCCCGUCUGCCUGCAGUUCUUCACGCUGAGCCUCAUGAACCUCUACUGCGCCCAGGUUUACUUCAAGGCAAAGUCCAAGUAUACCCCAGAGCUCCUUAAAUACAAGCUCCCUCUCUACCUGGUCUUCUUGGCGGUCAGUCUUCUCUUCCUGGUGGUCAACCUGGCCUGUGCCCUGCUGGUUAAGAUGACCGCCACCGAGGUCAAGACCAUUGUCCUGGUCAGAGUCACCAUCAACGAUACGCUCUUCGUGCUCUGCGCCGUCUCGCUGUCCAUCUGCCUUUACAAAGUGGCUAAGAUGUCCCUGGCCAGCAUAUACCUCGAGUCCAAGGGAACGUCGGUGUGUCAGGUGACUUUGAUUGGCGUCCUGGUGGUUCUGCUGUACGCAUCACGGGCCUGCUACAACCUGGUGGUGCUUGCUCUGACCAACAUCGAGACCAUCAACUCUUUCGACUACGACUGGUACAACGUGUCCGACCAGGCUGACUUGAGGUCCACUCUGGGGGACGCUGGCUACAUCGUGUUCGGGGUGAUCCUUUUUGUCUGGGAACUGCUGCCAACCUCCCUGGUGGUCUUCUUCUUCAGGGUCCGCAGGCUGCCACAGGACAGGAGUGGAUCAGGGAUCCCGAACCACGUGCUCUCGUCCAGAGGUUACUUCUUUGACAACCCCCGUCGGUACGAUAGCGACGAUGACCUGGCGUGGAGCAUCCCUCCUCAGAACAACUCCACAAGCCUAGUUACAGACUGCUAUGACUGGGGCAGCCACAACAGCAGUUUCACUGUCCAAAAGGGGACGGACGAACAACGGUUGGCACCGGUGACGGGAGAGCUUCAUCCAUACUGAGACAUAAGUCCAGGGUCGGGGUCAAUUCCAUUUCAAUUCAUUCAAAUCAGGAAGCAAAAAUUCCAAUUCCGAUUUUCCUAAUUGAAAUGCAAAAAAAAUGGAAUUGACCACAACUCUGAACCAGUCCACACUGCACUGUACAGCACCGCAAUGCACUUUGUAAACUUUGACACUUCUCGACAGCAUCCGUAUUUUGUCCAUCAGCCACCGUACUGCAUUAGUCACUUAGUGAUAAUGUAGACCAGUGGUUCCAAAACUAUUUCACUCGGGCCCCCCUUCCAUCAUUGGGGAACAUCCCGUUAGCUGACAUGGGCUAGUUGAUCUGGACAUUUCUGACAAGUUAUCGAAGGUAUGCAAUUAAUGACAAGAGGAAAACGGAUGAUACACUACCCAAAAUUGUGCCUUGUGCAUUCUACUAUUACAACUUUCAAGAGUAAGUUGUAAGCCUGACAGUUCCUCAAAAAAAAAAAAAACUCUGUGUCCCCCGCCCCACAGUUUGGGAACCACUGAUAGACAUUUUAGAAAGUCAUCGAGAAAACCCGUGAAAUAAACCCAUACUAUAAGCUAGCACUAAGUCAUGCACAAACAUAUACAUUAAGGUAGUUGACCUUAGACAAUAUCCUAAAGCCUGUAUAUACAAUGAUACAAAUACAGAAACAAAAUCAUGUCAUAUCUAUAUCCGGAGUAAAUAUGACUAUGAACAUACGUUAAUUUAUUGGUGAUGUAAUGGUGAAAAAAACUGUAUUCUAUAUUUCUAACAGGAAUUUUUUUUUUUAUUGUAAUUUGUAAUGAAGAAAGUUUCACUGAUCAGAUGCUCUAUUUUGUGUCCUCUUUUCUGUCUGUAUCGUGGUCGGUAUUGACACAAACAUAAAUAAAAGGUCAUUUGUGGUGACAGCUUA